AUGAACGUAAAAAAAUUCUCUAUGUUUUCUUAUAUAUUAAGAAAAAAACUAAAAAUACAUAUUUCAAGUUUAUAUUAUCCUUUAAAUAAUUUACUUAAUUAUAAUUUAAUUUUUCGUUUAAAAUAUCCUUUUUUUCAUGAGUAUAGUACUAGUAGCAAACAGGCUAGAGAAAAUAAUAGAAAAUAUGAAGUAGAUAAAAAAAUUAAUUUGACAAACUGUAAAGUAACAGAUACUUUUUAUAUUAGUAGUGAUGACUCCGACGAAGAGUAUAUAUUAGAAAAAAAAUUAAAAAAAGAUGAAUCAUUAGUAAAUUAUGAAUUUGAAAAAGAUCAUAUAAAAAAGAUAAAUAAUGAAAAUUUAGACGACAAAUAUCAUAUAAAAAAUAACAUUAUUCAUAUAAACAAAGAAGAAAACGUUAACAUCUAUAAUAACAAUGCUGAUCAUUCAUAUUCGAGAGAAUGUUCUGGUAAUAAUGAUGACUUAAAUAAAAUUGAUAUAAACAAUGUUGAUCCAAGUAAUAUAUCCUUAAAUAACAAAAGAAAAGUUGAUAAAAAAUAUGAUAUAAAAAGUGCUCAUGAAAGAAUGGUGGAUCCCAACUCAAAUAAUUUAGAUUUUAUGAAAAAAAAUGAUAUGAACUUUCAUGACCAAAUAAAAGACUAUCAAGAAAUAAAAAAUUAUUUAAAUAUAUAUAUAAAUGAAAAUCAUAAAGUAUAUUGUCCUAAUGAAAAUAAAGUAAAUGCAUUAAAUGAAGAAUUAAAAAAGCUGGAAAUAUCAUUAAAACCUUCACAAAAUGAUAUUAAUAACAUGAAAAAAUUUUUAUAUUUUUUACAAAAUGAAAUUAAUAAAUAUUACAAAAACUGUUAUGUAACUCCUUUUGGAUCAAUAAUAAAUGGUUUCUGGAUGAGAAAUAGUGAUAUUGAUAUAUGUAUCCAAGUGCCAAUACUUCUAAAUAGAAAAGAUCAGAUAAAACUUCUAAGAAAAAUAUGUCUAAUAUUAAAUAACUUCAAUGAUGGAGUAAUUGAACAAAGAUUUUCAGCUAAAGUGCCUAUCAUACAUUUUUAUUGUAAAAAUCCCCAAAAUUCCUUUGAAUUAUCUUGCGAUAUUUCUAUAAAUAAUAUAUUAGCUGUAAUAAAUUCAAAAUUAAUUCAGAAAUAUGUAAGUAUAGAUAAAAGAUUGCAAGUAAUGGGAAUAGCUUUAAAAUAUUGGUCAAAAAAUAGAAAUAUUAAUGAUAGAUCAAAGGGAUUUUUAUCUUCUUUUUCACUAAUUUUGAUGAUAAUUCAUUUUUUACAGAAUGCCAUUGAACCUAAAAUUCUUCCAUCACUUCAAGAUAUUUCUUCUAAAAGAAAUGAAAAACCAUUUUAUGUAAUGGGUGUUGAUUGUAAAUAUUGUCAGGAUGAAAAAAUUAUUAGAGAAGAAUUGAAUAAAAUAAAUAAUUUUAAUAAUUCCUAUGCAGAUGUUUCAACAUUACUAACAGAAUUUUUUAAAUUUUAUGGGUAUAAAUAUAAAAGUGGAAUAAUAGCAAUAAGAGAUAUAAAUGAUUAUUACGAAAAUUUUCAUGCAUUAAAAGAUUUUGAGUCAUAUUUUCUUUUUGUUGAUAAUCCUUUUGAAGUAGGAAAAAAUGUUGCAAAUGUUAUGCCAAAAAAUUAUAAAACAAUUGUAAAUGAGAUGAAAAGAGCUUAUAGAAUUUUAAAAAAUAAUGGUUCUUGGAGAGAUGUAUGCAAUCCUAGUGAUAACUUAAUUUAUCCAUAA